CAAAGCUUCAGAACUCUGGCAGAAGGAAAGAUGAUGGGGUUUUUAACUUUAUCCUCCCAAUAAUUCCUCUUCGUCUCUCCCACACAGUCCCUACAGUUGUACAUUUUCCCUCUUUAACACACAUUUAUGUGUGUUUCCUCUCUCUCUCCUCUCUCCAUCUCUAUCUCAGUCUGUGUUCCUGUCGCUUGAGCACUCAAUGAAACACUGUAAACCGAGCCAGAAGGAUGUGAUGUAACGAUAAAAAUCAAGACUUUUCCCUCAGUGAAAGUUAAAAAAAAAAUUAAAUUUUAUAUAGAAAUAAAAAGAAAAAACAUCAAUUUGGGUAGAGUCUCUUUCUGAAUCAUAAAAAAAAAUCUAAUGUCGGUACAUGUGGUUCUCUUCUCUAUCUUCUUCUUCUUCUUCAUGGAGAGUUAGAGUUUUCUUUUUCUUAGCAUAUUUGGGGUUAAGAAAAAUACGCAGUUGUUUUAGCUUGUACGCAUGUUGAAAUGGCCCUGCUUAGAGAAGUCGUCCUUCUCGGAUUUCUCAUCUGUUUGAGCUUUGGGACUACCGUAAAUUCAGACAAUGGAGCAACAUUGCUGGAGAUUAAGAAGUCCUUCAAAGAUGUGAACAAUGUGCUCUAUGACUGGACAGGUUCACCUUCUUCGGACUAUUGUGUCUGGAGAGGUGUGACUUGUGAUAAUGUCACCUUCAAUGUUGUUGCUCUUAAUUUGUCAGAUUUGAAUCUUGAUGGAGAAAUCUCACCUACUAUUGGAGAUCUUAAGAGCCUCUUAUCCAUUGAUCUCCGAGGUAAUCGUUUGUCUGGGCAAAUUCCUGAUGAGAUUGGUGACUGUUCUUCUCUGCAAAAUUUGGACUUGUCUUUUAAUGAAUUAAGUGGUGACAUACCGUUUUCGAUUUCCAAGUUGAAGCAACUUGAGCAGCUGAUCCUCAAGAAUAACCAAUUGAUAGGACCAAUUCCUUCAACGCUUUCGCAGAUUCCAAAUCUGAAAAUUCUGGACCUGGCACAGAAUAAACUCAGCGGGGAGAUACCAAGACUUAUUUAUUGGAAUGAAGUUCUUCAAUAUCUCGGAUUGCGCGGAAACAAUUUAGUGGGUAACCUUUCUCCAGAUUUGUGUCAGCUUACAGGUCUAUGGUAUUUUGACGUGAGGAACAACAGCUUGACGGGUAGUAUCCCUGAGACGAUAGGAAACUGCACUGCCUUCCAGGUUUUGGACUUGUCCUAUAAUCAGCUAACUGGCGAGAUUCCUUUCGACAUUGGUUUCCUUCAAGUAGCCACAUUAUCAUUGCAAGGCAACCAGCUUUCUGGGAAGAUACCAUCAGUGAUUGGUCUCAUGCAAGCUCUUGCAGUGUUAGAUCUAAGUGGCAACGUGCUGAGUGGGCCUAUCCCUCCCAUUCUGGGAAAUUUGACUUUCACAGAGAAAUUGUACUUGCACAGUAACAAGCUAACUGGUUCAAUUCCACCUGAGCUUGGAAACAUGUCAAAACUCCAUUACUUGGAGCUCAACGAUAAUCGUCUUACAGGUCAUAUACCACCAGAGCUUGGAAAGCUUACUGACUUGUUUGAUCUGAAUGUGGCUAACAAUGACCUGGAAGGACUUAUACCUGAUCAUCUGAGCUCAUGUACAAAUUUAAACAGCUUGAAUGUUCAUGGGAACAAGUUCAACGGAACCAUACCCCGAGCGUUUCAAAAGCUUGAGAGCAUGACGUACCUUAAUCUCUCCAACAACAAUAUCGGAGGUCGAAUUCCAGUAGAGCUAUCUCGUAUCGGCAAUUUAGAUACACUGGAUCUUUCCAACAACAAGAUAAAUGGUAUCAUUCCUCCCUCCCUGGGUGAUUUAGAGCAUCUUCUCAAAAUGAACUUGAGCAGAAACCAUAUAACGGGUGUAGUUCCUGCCGACUUCGGAAAUUUAAGAAGCAUCAUGGAGAUAGAUCUUUCAAAUAAUGAUAUAUCAGGCCCAGUUCCCGAAGAGCUUAACCAACUGCAGAAUAUGUAUUUGUUGAGACUGGAAAAUAAUAACUUAACCGGUAAUGUUGGUUCAUUAGCCAACUGUAUCAGUCUUACUGUAUUGAAUGUUUCUUACAACAACCUAGUUGGUGAUAUUCCUAGCAGCAAUAACUUCUCAAGAUUUUCUCCAGACAGCUUCAUUGGCAAUCCUGGCCUUUGUGGUAGUUGGCUAACCUCGCCCUGUCAUGUUUCUCGUCCAACAGUACGAGUGUCAAUCUCUAGAGCAGCUAUUCUUGGGAUAGCUAUUGGGGGAUUUCUCAUCCUUCUUAUGGUCCUUAUAGCAGCUUGCCGGCCGCACAAUCCUCCUCCGUUUCUGGAUGGAUCACUUGACAAACCAGUAGCCUAUUCUCACCCGAAGCUGGUCAUCCUUCAUAUGAACAUGGCACUCCACGUUUACGAGGAUAUCAUGCGAAUGACAGAAAAUCUCAGUGAGAAGUACAUCAUUGGGCACGGAGCAUCGAGCACUGUAUACAAAUGCGUUUUAAAGAACUGCAAACCGGUUGCGAUUAAGCGUCUUUACUCUCACAACCCACAGUCAAUGAAACAGUUUGAGACUGAGCUUGAGAUGCUUAGUAGUAUCAAACAUAGAAAUCUUGUAAGCCUACAAGCCUAUUCCCUUUCUCCCUUGGGAAGUCUUCUCUUCUAUGACUACAUGGACAAUGGCAGCCUAUGGGAUCUUCUUCACGGCCCCACGAAGAAGAAGACUCUUGAUUGGGACACACGGCUUAAGAUAGCAUAUGGUGCUGCACAAGGACUAGCGUAUCUACACCAUGACUGUAGUCCAAGGAUCAUACACAGAGACGUGAAGUCUUCCAAUAUUCUUUUGGACAAAGACUUAGAGGCUCGUUUGACAGAUUUCGGAAUUGCGAAGAGCUUGUGUGUCUCAAAGACACAUACUUCAACUUACAUCAUGGGCACAAUUGGUUACAUAGACCCCGAAUAUGCACGCACUUCACGUCUCACCGAGAAAUCCGAUGUCUACAGCUAUGGAAUAGUGCUGCUCGAGUUGUUAACCAGAAGGAAAGCCGUUGACGAUGAGUCCAACCUCCACCAUCUGAUAAUGUCCAAGACAGUGAACAAUGCAGUGAUGGAAAUGGCAGAUCCAGAUAUCACAUCGACUUGUAAGGAUCUCGCGGUGGUGAAGAAGGCUUUCCAGCUUGCACUACUGUGCACCAAAAAACAGCCAAGCGAUCGACCUACAAUGCAUCAGGUGGUUCGUGUCCUCGGCAGUUUCAUGUUGUCGGAACAACCACCAGCCGCGGCAGCAGCCACUUCAACAACGCUGACCGCUUCGUGCUACGUCGAUGAGUAUGCAAAUCUCAAGACUCCUCACAGUGUCAACUGCUCUUCCAUGAGUGCCUCAGAUGCUGAGCUCUUUCUUCGAUUUGGACAAGUCAUUUCUCAGAACAGUGUCUGAGAAAAAUGUUGGUGUUGUGAACCGUUUUCUAGGAGAACGUUAGAUAUCUUCUAUUAUGUCUUGUAAAAAUUGUGCACGGCCUUAUUAUUAUUAGUUAAGAGUGUUAAUAUCUUUUCAGACAGACACCUAGACGUGCUUUUUUCUAUCUUAACUUCAUCCUUUUGGAAAAUAAUUGUUGAAUGAUUGAAGCACACGCAGUAUGUAUCAUUUCAGCAUUCGUUAAAUCAUUAAUA